AUGCACAAGCACCAGCACUGUUGUAAGUGCCCAGAGUGCUACGAGGUGACCCGCCUGGCCGCCCUGCGGCGCCUCGAGCCUCCCAGCUACGGGGACUGGCAGGUGCCCGACCCCUACGGGCCAGGUGGGGGCAAUGGGGCCAGCGCGGGUUAUGGGGGCUACAGCUCACAGACCCUGCCCUCGCAGGCGGGGGCCACCCCCACCCCUCGUACCAAGGCCAAGCUUAUCCCCACCGGCCGGGAUGUGGGGCCAGUGCCCCCUAAGCCAGUCCCGGGCAAGAGCACCCCAAAACUCAACGGCAGCGGCCCAAGCUGGUGGCCUGAGUGCACCUGUACCAAUCGGGACUGGUAUGAGCAGGCCAGCCCUGCACCCCUCCUAGUGAGCCCCGAGGCCCUGGAACCCAGCCUCUCGGUGAAUGGCAGUGAUGGCAUGUUCAAAUAUGAGGAGAUAGUACUUGAGCGGGGCAACUCCGGUCUGGGCUUUAGUAUCGCUGGUGGCAUUGACAACCCCCAUGUCCCUGAUGACCCUGGCAUCUUUAUUACCAAGAUCAUCCCUGGUGGAGCAGCUGCCAUGGAUGGGAGGCUGGGGGUGAAUGACUGUGUGCUGCGGGUGAAUGAGGUGGACGUGUCAGAGGUGGUGCACAGCCGGGCCGUGGAGGCGCUGAAGGAGGCAGGCCCUGUGGUGCGGUUGGUGGUGCGGAGACGACAGCCCCCACCAGAGACCAUCAUGGAGGUCAACUUACUCAAAGGGCCCAAAGGCCUGGGUUUCAGCAUUGCUGGGGGCAUUGGCAACCAGCACAUCCCAGGAGACAACAGCAUCUAUAUUACCAAGAUCAUCGAGGGGGGUGCUGCUCAGAAGGACGGACGCCUACAGAUUGGGGACCGGCUGCUAGCGGUGAACAAUACUAAUCUGCAGGAUGUGAGGCAUGAGGAAGCUGUGGCCUCACUGAAGAACACAUCUGAUAUGGUCUAUCUGAAGGUGGCCAAGCCAGGCAGCCUCCACCUCAACGACAUGUAUGCUCCCCCUGACUAUGCCAGCACUUUUACUGCCUUGGCUGACAACCACAUAAGCCAUAAUUCCAGCCUGGGUUAUCUCGGGGCUGUGGAGAGCAAGGUCAGCUACCCUGCGCCUCCUCAGGUUCCCCCCACCCGCUACUCUCCUAUUCCCAGGCACAUGCUGGCUGAGGAGGACUUCACCAGAGAGCCCCGCAAGAUCAUCCUGCACAAGGGCUCCACAGGCCUGGGCUUCAACAUCGUAGGAGGAGAGGAUGGAGAAGGCAUUUUUGUCUCCUUUAUCCUGGCGGGAGGCCCAGCUGACCUGAGUGGGGAGCUGCGCAGGGGAGACCGGAUCUUAUCGGUGAAUGGAGUGAACCUGAGGAAUGCAACUCAUGAGCAGGCUGCAGCUGCUUUGAAACGGGCUGGCCAGUCAGUCACCAUUGUAGCACAGUACAGACCUGAAGAGUACAGUCGCUUUGAAUCGAAGAUACAUGACUUGCGAGAACAAAUGAUGAACAGCAGCAUGAGCUCUGGGUCUGGGUCCCUCCGAACAAGUGAGAAGAGGUCCUUGUAUGUCAGGGCCCUGUUUGAUUAUGACCGGACUCGGGACAGCUGCCUGCCAAGCCAAGGGCUCAGCUUCUCUUAUGGUGACAUUCUGCAUGUUAUCAAUGCCUCUGAUGAUGAGUGGUGGCAGGCAAGGCUGGUGACCCCACAUGGAGAAAGUGAGCAAAUUGGUGUGAUCCCCAGUAAGAAGAGGGUUGAAAAGAAAGAAAGAGCUCGAUUGAAAACCGUGAAGUUCCAUGCCAGGACGGGGAUGAUUGAGUCCAACAGGGACUUCCCUGGGUUAAGUGACGAUUAUUAUGGAGCAAAGAACCUGAAGGGAGUGACAUCCAACACCAGUGACAGCGAAAGCAGUUCCAAAGGACAAGAGGAUGCUAUUUUGUCAUAUGAGCCAGUGACACGACAAGAAAUUCACUAUGCAAGGCCUGUGAUCAUCCUGGGCCCAAUGAAGGACCGAGUCAACGAUGACCUGAUCUCUGAGUUCCCACAUAAAUUUGGAUCCUGUGUGCCACAUACUACCCGGCCUCGGCGUGAUAACGAGGUGGAUGGACAAGACUACCACUUUGUGGUGUCCCGAGAACAAAUGGAGAAGGAUAUCCAGGACAACAAGUUCAUUGAGGCAGGCCAAUUCAAUGAUAAUCUCUAUGGAACCAGCAUCCAGUCAGUGCGGGCAGUUGCAGAGAGGGGCAAGCACUGCAUCUUAGAUGUUUCCGGCAAUGCUAUCAAGAGACUGCAACAAGCACAACUUUACCCCAUUGCCAUUUUCAUCAAGCCCAAGUCCAUUGAAGCACUUAUGGAAAUGAACCGACGGCAGACAUACGAACAAGCAAAUAAGGUCUAUGACAAAGCCAUGAAACUGGAGCAGGAGUUUGGAGAAUACUUUACAGCCAUUGUACAGGGUGACUCACUGGAAGAGAUUUAUAACAAAAUCAAACAAAUCAUUGAGGACCAGUCUGGGCACUACAUUUGGGUCCCAUCCCCUGAAAAACUCUGA